AUGGAGGUCACAGGAAGUGAUCGUAACGGCUGUGCCAAAGAUAUUCUAGUGGACAUGACCCACUCCUGGCCGUCCCAGCAACCCUCAGGAGGGGGUCAGGCCCAGCGCUUCCCCUACAAGGGCCAUGAGCAGUCAGCCUCCUGGACUGGUAACAACAGUCUGUCGGAGCAGCACACACACACACAUGGUGGGAGGGUGAGACGUUCCAGCUCCGACUCUUCAGGCUCCAACUCUUCAGGCUCAGACUCCUCCAGUGAGUCGGAGGAGGAGAGCAGUAGCCAUCGCUCCCGUAGCCCCAGCCCAGAAACACACUCCGAUCCUGGGACACCCACCGACACUCAGUCUCUCAGCUGCACUGAGGAGACAGAUCACCCCUCCACCACUCAGUGGCAGCUGGAUAAGUGGCUGAAGAAAGUCAGAAAAAAAUCCUUCUCCUGGGACCAGGAUUCCAGCAACCGCGACCACGCCCAGAGAGCUACAGAGCACAGCUCGCCCUCCCCAGACCCCCACGGAGCCCCGUCUCCGGCCAGAUUCUGGGGGACCAGAGAGGACUACAGUCCCAGCCAGAGCCCUGUUCCCAGCCCACACUUCAACUACAGCCCCAGGCAUAGCCCUCGGCCUAGCCCUGGCUGUAGCCCCUGUCCCAGUCCUUGCCCUAGCCCCAGCCCAAGACACAGCCCCAUCCCUAGCCCGGUCCCCAGUGUCUGUCCGAGCCCCUGCCUCAGCCCCAGAGCCAGCCGCAGCCCUAGCCCCAUACCCCGGCACCCCCCUAGGAGUCCUAGUCCUAGCCUUACUCAGUCUAGCUCCCGUCACUAUCCUCAGGUUCGGAGUCUUCAUCAGGAAAGCAUCAGGCCUCUCAAGCGGCCUAGCCUAACAAUCAGCCCGAGCCAUAGACCCAAAAUCAGGAUCGCACCUGCUCCCAGCAUUGAGCCCAAGAGCAAACUGAGGCACAGUUCCUCUCCCCAGCCUCCGCUUCAGCACAGCUCCAGGCCUAAACCCACACAGAGCCAGUCUGUUCCCACUCCCAAGAACACAGCCAAGGCAGCACCUGCUCUGAGCACUGAGCUGAGCCACAGACCCAGACCCAGGCCUAGUCCCAACUCCAGUCCCAGGCUUCAUUCUCGGUCUAAUUUGAAACACAACCCCAUCCUUGCCCUCAAAACCAGCCAACACCCAUCAACCUCUGGACAAAGGCCCAAGGAGAGUAGCAGACUCAGCCACAAUUCCAACUCCAACCACAGGCCCAAGUUUGGGCCUGGUUUGACAACCAGCCUCAGUACCAGUCCCAGUCCCACACCAGGGGCCAAGACCUUACCUGCCACAGACCCAAGCAGAGAGACCAGCAGCAGAAUUGGUGACAGUUCCAAAUCGAGCACCAAGCCACAUUCUCGGCCUAUCUCCAAAGCUGGUUCUGGGCCUAGCUCUAGAUCAAGCCCUAGUCCUAGACCCAAAGUCAAGUCCCGGGAGGCCCCUUCUCCCCACACAAAGCCUCCGCAGAGGAAGCCCCAAUCCAGGGAGAGAGAGCGGGAGGGAGUGAGGCAGGGGGAGAAAGAGGGAAAGAGGCAGGGGGAGAAACAGAAGGAAAGAAAGGGGGAAAGAAAGGGAGAGCGAAGACUGGCGGAGGAGAAGUUGCUAAGACGCCCCUGGAUCCAGAGCUCAGAGGAAGAGGAGGAAGAGGACGUAGAGGAGAGAAAGAGGAGGAGGGAGGAGAGAGAGAGGGAGGAGAAGAGGAGGAGGAGGAAGAAACAACCGCAGCAGCAGAGAGGUGAAUGGCAGGCGGUCCAGCCCAAGCAAAGACCUCACACCAACAGCGAGCGACACCGCAAUCCCAUCGAUCCACAACGCCACGGGACCAAGAAAAAGAGGAGGAGGAAGAGUGAGGAGGAAGAUAGAGAGUCUCAGCCGGACCCUUCCCUUCCGCCAUCGCCCUCCUCCCCCACUCCUGUCAUCCCUCCCACAGAUUCCUCGUCUUCCUCCUCUUCAUCAUCAGAGUCCGACUCUGAGCCCAGUCUGCCUCCCAACGUCGCCAAAGUCCCAGCCGACUCCACGUCCAGCCAGCGUCCUAUCCCCAGGAGAGGGCACCAGGGCCCGGGGAGGCCUGCAGACAGCAGGCCUGGAGUGCUCUACCCCAGGGGCACUGCCACAUCCAACCAAGGCCAGGGGCCGCAGAGCCAGGGAAAGCAGAAACUCUACACCCUGGUCCCGUUUGGGCGUAGUGAACAGGCCCCAGCCUCCCAUCGAGGCCUGAGGAAUCUGGUGGUGCAGUUAGACCUCUCCCUGCUCAACAGAGUGCCUGACACUACGACAGACACCCCAGCCUUUCACAAACAUCCCUCCUCUUCCUCCUCCUCUUCCUCUUCCAAGCAAAAAGAGGCCAUGAGACACCUAUACACCCCCGAGACAGAGGGAGGAGACAGCAGGAGGAAACGCAAGUCAGAGAAUGGAGUCCAGCACCACAGAGAGAGUAAGAGGAGGAACUCCCACACCAACGGCCCCUCAGCCCACACAGAGUCUACAGCUAACAGACGUCUAGACCCCCACUCAGAUGCCAGACACAACGGGUUCUUGGAGGACUACCUGGACAGUAAGAGGCCACUGUCCCCCCUGUCCCCUCUCUCUGACACCCCGGACCCCACCAAGCCCCCCAUCAUAACACAGCCCCCAGAGCAGCACUACACAAACAGUGAGAUGCCCAGGACUCAUGCUAAGAUGGAGGUGGAGUGUGUAGGUGUGUCAGGGCAGCCCCCGCCCAAGUGUGAAUCCUGGGGACCUCCUUUGCGACGGGCAGGGAGCCAGAGAGGAACUGUACUCAACCAUGAACCCCCACACCAUGCUGAGUACUACAUGCAUGAGGCGAAGAGGAUGAAGCACCGUGCAGAUGCCAUGGUGGAUAAGCUGGGGAAGGCAGUGAACUAUGUAGAUGCUGCUCUCUCCUUCAUGGAGUGUGGCAAAGCUAUGGAGGAGGGGCCGCUGGAGGCCAAGUCUCCCUAUACCAUGUACACAGAGACAGUAGAGCUCAUCAGGUAUGCCAUGAGGUUGAAGAACCACUCUGGCCCUGGGGCCAGACAGGAAGACAAACAGUUGGCCGUACUGUGUUUCCAGUGCCUUGCACUCCUGUACUGGCAGAUGUUUCGUCUGAAGAAGGACAACGCCAUGAAAUACUCCAAAGCUCUACUGGACUACUUUAAGAGUUCUCCCAAAGUGCCUACUACACCCCCCAUCUGGAGCGACUCAGGAAAGGGCACAGGGGGGCCUGCAUCCUCCCUCUCCCCCAGCCCCUCAGCCCUCACCCUGGGCAGCUCCCCCUCUUCCCUCAUCAGCAUUCCCCAGCGCAUCCACCAGAUGGCAGCAAACCACCUGAACAUCACCAACAAUGUCCUGUACAGCUAUGAGUACUGGGAGCUAGCAGAAAGCCUGGCCAGAGACAACAAUGAGUUCUUUAACUACCUGAAUACUCUGUCAGGGCCAUUGACUCUCCACAGUAGUAUUGCUCAUGCAGUCCAGUACACCAGACAGGCUCUGCAGUGGAUACGCAUCAGUGCCAAUGUGGGCUAGUGGCGGGAGGGAUGAGACCCAACAACCUGGCCUAAUAGAAGAAGGAAGAGAGGGACACAACCGGUGUGAUUAUAAGUAGAGGAUUCCCCCUGCAUUCCACGUCUUCAGGAUUAUUGUUACGCUUCAAUUCUCAGAAUGUACCAUAAAUGACGGAUUGGAUUUAUACACAGUGGUGGUGCUUUACCUUGUGCUUUAACUUGAUUGAGGGAAGGUGUUGUUAUUCCUCCAAUCAAGCAGAGUGAACUGUCUUGGGAUCUCUUUCCUCUUCGGAUUGUCAGUGCAGAUCUACGAAGUGCCACAUGGAUUUAAAGCCUUUAAACUCGCUGCUUUGCCAAAUGUGCCACAUGUAAUGAUGAAACAAACACAGACACUGUCAAACAAGGACAUUUAAGAGAAACAUGGUACAGUGCACCAGUGAGGACUUUGUGAUUCUUCUACUAUACAAAACCUAGACUGUAAAAGAACAAGAGACCUGGACUAUAUUUCUGGAAUACAAAGCAUUCAACCACAGUAAAACUCUUAACUAGCCUCCUUUGCAAAAAGCCACUGUGGAAACCAGUGACCAUUUCCUCAAAAGAUGUCAGUUCAAUGUCUAGUUUUGAUUUACGUUUGGUUGAGUCAUCAACUAACGUGAAUUCAACGUGAAUAAACAAACAAUGUCACCAUGUUAUUGGAUUUAGGUUAAAAGUUGGUUGAAAAAAAUACUAAAUUCCCUUGCGUUGAUUAUUUUUUGCAAUCCAAUCAGUUUUCCAUGUUGAUUCAACAUCAUCACAUUGAUUGAUUUUGUUAAAAUGACGUGGAAACAACAUUUAUUCAACCAGUUUUUGCCCAGUGGGAAGAGACCUGGACUGCAUUUCUGGACUACAUUUCCCAUGAGCCUUACCAGGACAAAUGGAUGCAUCAUGGGAAAGGUAUCAUAAGUUGAAUGCACCAAUUUGUAAGUCUCUCUGGAUAAGAGCAUCUGCUAAAUGAUGUAAAUGUAAAGGUGAUUGGGAUUUUGAGUUUUCUUUUGGAUUGUCAGCCCACUUAUCCCGAAGGGUAGAUCAAGUUACGGGUAGAUCAAGUUACCGGUAGCUUUGCUUGUAUGACUACACUGUGUGAUGGCCUUUUAAAUGACAUGUUGAGAUGCCUUUCACUUUUAAUGUGCACUAUGUGUGUCAGAUCAUUUGUUUUUACAAAAAUACCAAAACUAUAGCAUUUAGAUUUGGUUUCUUUGGCCAGUAUUCAUGUUCCCGCCUUUGCAAAACUUUAUUUAUAACAGUGUCUAAUGUGGUUAUCAAAAGUUACAUACCGAAAUGUGUUUCAUAAAUGUCUUUUUGAUAUUGCAAAUUGUAUGUAGGGGUCUAUCUCCUUGUUUGUUGAAUCAGAAUCUGUACAGUGAGUAUACAAAACAUCAAGAACACUUGCUCUUUCCAUG